AUGCCGUCGUCCAGGGCGCAUGCGCGUCUUCACAAACGCGCCUACUCCGCCUCGUCAGCAACCAGCCCGCUGAGCCCUGUUGCUGACCAUGGAGUCUUCACCUUUAAUCGCUCCGAGACGCCCAAGGUCACAUACGAGGAGCCUUGGACAGAAACAUCACCACGAUCCAUGGCGCCCUCGCACCCGCUCAAGAUCAAGCCGUAUCUGCGGAAGCUGUCGUCGUCCAAAGACAGCACUGGCCUGGACCUCUCGCGACCUGCCGAGGAGAACGACAGAUUGGCCGGCCUAGGCAUUUCCGAAUACGGAGGCUACACGCCAUCCGUAACAGAUGUCACCUUCACCACAAUAAACAAUGGCCGCCAUCGACACAGCCGCUCCAUGUCUAACAACUCGCAAUACUCCAGCUCGUCGGGCCUGCAGAGGCCGACACCGUUACCGCUCAUUCGCCAAACCCCACAACCGUACACACCGCCCAUAGCCAGGUCAUCACCGCCAUCUGUCCUGGGGAAUGACAACGAGGUCCAUGACAUCAUGUCCGACGAGGAGUUCAGCCAGCGGCAAAGCGCCUUCGACCCGUCGCGUCGAUCUGAUUCGCUCUCCUCAGUCCCAGGCCUCCGUAUCAACACCAACAACUCCUGCACACGUCUCGCCGCCAGCUACUCGCAGUCGUCGGUCUCUCUCACCUCACCCGUCGCGCCCUCACGGUCGAGAGGAGCCACCCUGCAGUCCGUCGACACCACCACCUCGCCCAGCUCACGAACCUCGCUCGACCAUGUAUCGAGCUUCAUUCGUGGCAGCCGCGACGCGCCUAUAGACGCUGCCUCGCGUGCUGCCUCCAUCCGCGCCGAGCGACAAAAGUUCCAAGAGAAGGAACAGCUCAAGGAGCGCAAAUACGAGCAGGAAGCACAUAGGCAGGCGGAGCGCAACUACCGAAAACUACUCAAAAAGGACGAGUUCCAGCGUCGCCAGUCGGAAACGCACGACAGGAGCGACUUCACGCGCUCGCGCAGUAUCUCAGACGCCCAAAACGAGAAGGCACCAAGACCGUCAGUCGGCGGGCGCCAGUACUCGGACCAUCGCCAUGCACAUGUCAAUUCGCUUCCUAACGUUGUCUCGACAGUCGACCUGGAGAAGCAGAGUGGCGUGGUGCCAAAGGUGACCAAGAGCCGCGCGGCCAAGGGGCGGUGGCUGAGGUUUGUAACCUGGUUCAAGACGAGAUUGCUGCGCAUGAGCCGGAAGUAA